UUUAUUUUUGUGCAAAUAGCAUUACAUUAAUCUUUUUAUAGAGGAAAAUAAUAUUGGUAAAAAUAUUUACUCAAAAAAAUGAGAUCACUUGUCAAAAAAAAAAAAAAAUGAGAUCACAUUAAGCUGUUUAUCUAAAAGAAAAAAAAAAAUUAUGUAAAAGAAAAAAUAUAAAUGAAAAAAAAUUCUGGCCGUUGAUAAUUACAUAGAUCUGACCAUUGUCCUAACAUGCGUGUCACAUUUACGUAAUUCUCCUUUCUCUCUCCUCCAUUGAAGAACUCCGAGUUCUCAAAUUCAACCGCUUUCUCAACUUUUUCUCCUCCAUUGAAGCAGCUUAUGUGAGUUGGGCAAGGUGGUGGAGGCUGAGGAAGAAGGAGAGAGAGAGAUAGCGCGAGAGAGAAUGAAGAAGUGACAUUUGGAUCCCAAUGUGGUGUAAUGAGGAAGAGAUGUUUGUGUAUGUAUAACAAGUACAGUGCUUAUAUUGUUGUAAACAUAAAGUAAGUGGGAGGAGUGAAAUAAGAAGGCAGGGGACUGUAUACUAGAUACUAUUUAUUGGUUGGUGUUGUUAAUAAAGGGUUGUUGUCAAUAUGGAUGAUUUGCAUGGUGACGACGCCCAAAUGCAUAUGACUGAGGCUGAGCAACAAAUGCAUGUACAUUAUAUGCACGACCAAAGUCAUGGGAUGCAUCAUAUGAAUAAUGGGAAUGUGAUGGAGGAUGAUCAUGAUGAUGGUGUUACGGGUGUAGGUGAAGGCAUUGAUGGGGAGCUCCAUAAUGACCCUGGAAAUGUUUCUGAUACCCAUGGUGGAAUGAUGGUGGCUAAUGGCGAUAACAAUCAGCUAACUCUAUCAUUUCAGGGUCAGGUUUAUGUGUUUGAUUCAGUCUCACCUGAAAAGGUUCAAGCUGUACUUCUUUUGCUAGGGGGUCGUGAAGUUCCUUCAACUGUUCCUGCUCCACCGUUGACCUCUGCAAAUAAUAGGGGGGUGGCUCCUACACCACAGAGGUUCAAUGUCCCUCAAAGAUUGGCAUCACUACUCAGGUUUCGUGAAAAAAGAAAAGAACGCAAUUUUGACAAGAAAAUUCGGUAUACAGUUCGUAAGGAGGUGGCUCUUAGGAUGCAGAGAAACAAGGGUCAAUUUACUUCUUCAAAACCUAAUCAAGAUGAGUCCUCCUCAGGUGCAACUAGCUGGGAAUCUAAUCAGAAUUGGGGUCCUGAUGGACCUUUACCCAUACAACAAGAAGUCUGCUGCCGACAUUGUGGCACUAGUGAGAAAUCUACGCCAAUGAUGCGGCGUGGCCCUGAAGGCCCAAGGACUCUUUGCAACGCUUGUGGACUUAUGUGGGCUAACAAGGGAACUCUUAGAGACCUUUCGAAAUCAGCAGUGCCGGGUGGACAGAAUCUUCCUUAUACUAGGAAUGAGGAGAAUGGAAAUUUUGAGGCUGGGCAAAUAAUGAGAGUUGCCGGAAAUGUUAGUGAUUCGGCAUGAUGACCUAUUUCAUGUGCAAUCAAUGCAGUUGUCGAAGUCACAUUAAAUUCUAGUGGACUGCUGAUCUUUAAUUCCCUUUUAGAGGGUUAUCAGUAUGGGCAUGGCGUGAAAGAUCAUUUGACGGGAUUAGCCUUGUAAUCUUGUAGUGUUAGAUUGAGGUUUAUUACUGAAAGCAGACAAAAUGUGUCCUCUUCUUGUACGCAAUUUCGAUUGUAUGAUAUUCUGCAAUUGCAAUACUAAUUAUUUGCUGGAAAGCUAGAGAGUUAGCCUCUUGCUCUUUUUGGAAAACUAUUUAUGAAAGAAGAUAACUUAUUACAGUAUAGGAGAAAAAAAAA